GUCAAUGGGCUUAAUUGUUCCUCAAUUAAUAUGAAAAUAAUAAAUGGGUUGUUUAACACGCACGUAGAUUUGUAUGAUGAUUCAUUAUGGUUUGUUAGGAAUAAUUAUUUAUUUAUUUUUCCACUUUCUUUUCUCAUCAAAGAUCCUAAAUGAUUUACAUGUGGAGCGAGAUAGUUUAAGUCCUGAUCCAAUUCUAAACUAGCAUAGGCCCAUGUUGGAUCUUAUUGGUGAAAAAGUAACCAUAACGUUUGGUCAUUGUUCAACCGUGGCCAUGCGACAGAUCCAACUUGAAAUGACUAGUUAACCGAACCUGACAUAGUUAAGAGAUCAGUUAAUGGGACCAUUAUUCUCAACUAGUUCGUGGCAGCACAUGCAUGUGCUUAUUAAUUUCCUGAGGACAAAGUCUCAACAUUUUUGCCUCAGCAAAGCCACCACCAACUCUAUCUCCACAUUAUGUUAUGCAUUGAAGAGACAACACACACAAUAGGGUUGUCCGUUCUUGUCGGAUGGAAACCUUUCAUUAUAAGUCCCAUAGAAGGAUAUAGUAAUUUUCAUGACAUCGUGUGUUGUUUUUGAGGACGAAUACCAGACAUCAUGGGGGAAGAAAAUGGCGAGGGAAGAUCCUUAGCUGAAACCCCCACAUAUGCCGUGGCAACUGUCAUCACUGUAUUGGUUUCUCUUAGUUUUUUGUUCCAAGGCACGUUAAAAAAAUUGGUAAAGUGGUUGGACAGAACUAAGAGAAAAUCUCUGCUUUCUGCACUGGACAAGAUCAAAGAAGAAUUGAUGCUUUUUGGGCUUCUGUCAUUGCUGAUGGGUCACUGGAUUAUUUUUGUGGCAAAGAUUUGCGUUAAGUCAUCCGUAUUGAGCAGCACAUUUUUUCCUUGUGCAAUGGAAAAGAAUUCUGUGAAACGUUUUGUCGGGCUGGGCUCAGAACCUUCAAAUAAAACAGUUCUCAAAGGGCAAAUGAACAAUGGCCUGCAUAAUUAUUGUCCUGAGGGUCAUGAAUCAUUGGCUUCUUAUGAAAGUCUUGAGCAGCUUCAUCGCUUUGUGUUUGUUCUUGGGAUCACCCAUAUUACCUAUAGCUUUAUUGCUGUUGCCCUGGCCAUGAUCAAGAUAUAUAGCUGGAGAACAUGGGAAAACGAAGCAAAGACUAUUGCUGUACAAAGCAUACAAGAUAAUUCACAAAGUACAUCAAGAUUGAGGCGGCUUAAUACAUUCAUCUUUCACCAUACAUCCCAUCCUUGGAGUCAUCACAAAAUUCUUGUUUGGCUGCUAUGUUUCAGCCGCCAAUUUUGGAGUUCCAUCCACAGAGCUGAUUACAUGGCAUUGCGCUUAGGCUUCAUUACUAAUCAUGGUCUUCCCACAACAUACGACUUCCACAACUAUAUGCUUCGAAGCAUGGAUGAGGAAUUUCGUGACAUAGUUGGUGUUAGUGUGCUUCUCUGGGUAUAUGCCAUCUGCUGUAUUUUUCUAAAUUUUCACGGAAGCAACUUUUACUUCUGGCUGUCCUUCGUUCCAGCAAUUUUGAUCCUUAUCAUUGGUACUAAAUUGCAUCGAGUGGUAGUAAAGUUGGCUGUUGAAAUAAUAAAUCGUUGCCCAAAUAUGAAACCUCACCAGUUUAACUUAAGAGAUGAGCUCUUUUGGUUUGGAAAGCCCAGGUUUCUGUUACGGUUAAUUCAAUUGAUAUCCUUCUUGAAUGCAUUUGAAAUGGCAACAUUCUUAUGGUCCCUGUGGGAAAUUAAAGAUCCUUCUUGCUUCAUGAGCAACCGAACGUUUAUUGUGAUCCGGUUAUCAUUCGGGGUCACCUCCCAAGUCUGGUGCAGCUUUAUAACGUUUCCUCUCUAUGUUAUCAUCACACAGAUGGGGUCAAGGUUCAAGAAGACCGUGGUCUCUGAAAAUGUGAGGAAAUCACUCUCUAAAUGGCAGAGAAGAGUGAAGGAGAAACAAAGUUCCACUUGUGCAGUCCUUACUACAACAUCACCAUCAUCAUUGAAUUCUUUGAUGUAUGGAACUGACAAGUCUAAUUCCCGUGCCUCGAUCAGUGAGGAAGGAAGCUCAUCAGGGACUAAAGAUAUUUGUCUCUCUUAUCUUGAUCAUGUGUCAAAGACCAAAGGAAAUGCACCAUUUCCAAGUUAUGAAAAUGAUCAUGAUGUAAUCCAUGAUUCAUCUCCCCCUCCUUUGUCUUGAGAUUGCUUUGCUAGCGCUGUGGACACUGGACAGUGGGAUGAAUUAAAUUGGAAUGCUUAUUAUAUAAGUUCAUAACUAUCUCCCUUUCAUUUUUUAUUUA